CUAAUGUUUUGAAUGGCACUGUACAGAAGGCAGCGUAUUCAAUAUGGCGGACUAUUACAAAUAUAACAACGUUUGACGGCUUUUUCUCAUGUCCAACGAGGCAAAGUCCCCAAGUUUUUCCACUCUACAUCUUAUUAAAGAUCAUGGCAAAUACUAGACGCCGUGUCAAAGUAUAUACGCUAAAUGAAGACCGACAAUGGGAUGACCGAGGAACGGGGCACGUGUCGUCCUCAUAUGUUGAGCGUUUACAAGGGAUGUCCAUCAUGGUUCGAUCCGAAGAAGACGGUUCGAUUUUGCUCGAGUCAAAAAUUCAAUCGCACACAGCCUAUCAAAAGCAGCAGGAAACUUUAAUAGUUUGGUCCGAAGGAGAAAACUGCGAUCUAGCGCUAAGCUUUCAAGAAAAAGCUGGAUGUGAUGAAAUAUGGGAGAAAGUCUGCCAGGUCCAAGGAAGAGAUCCCUCUUGUACAAUCACACAAGAAAUACUGGACGAUGAUGAAUCAGAAGAUAGAUUUGAAGAGGUUUUAGAUACAUCAGGACCAAUAGAACUUCCUCCUUGUGAGCUAAGCAAGCUGGAAGAAAUCUCGGAGUUUUUAAGCGGUGUUCCUCCGCCGGCAAUACGCGAGAAAAUCGCACUAGCGAUAGAGCAAGACAACUAUAUCAAAAAGCUCCUUGAUCUUUUUCACAUGUGCGAGGAUUUGGAAAAUAUCGACGGUCUACAUCAUCUCUAUGAUAUCUUUAAGUCAUUAUUUUUUAUGAAUAAGCCAUCUCUACUGGAAAUUAUGCUUGCGGAUGACAUGUUAUUUGACGUUAUCGGGUGUCUAGAGUACGACCCCAAUCACCCAGAACCAAGGCGACAUAGACGAUUUCUGAGGGAAACAGCGCACUUCACCGAGGUUUUACCCAUUACAAACGCCGAACUUGUUGCGAAAAUACACCAGACAUUCCGUGUGCAGUAUAUAUACGAUGUUAUUUUACCUCCUCCUACAGUCUUCGAAGAAAACAUGCUCGCUUCUCUACACUCCUACAUAUUUUUUAACAAGAUUGAAAUCGUGACACAUUUGCAGGAAGAUGAUAAGUUUCUGAGAGAUUUAUUCAUGGAGCUAAAUGAUGAUGAGACAUCAGAAGAGAGACGAAUGAAGCUGGUUGCCUUUCUCAAGGAACUGGUGCAUUUUGCUUCUCAGUUACAAGUACAUCACAAAGACGAAUUUUUCAAGACAGUGUCUUUCCACGGUUUACUACCUGCCUUGGAAAUGUUACUGGCUUAUGACAACAAAAGCAUCAAGCAGGCAGCAGUUGAGAUGAUCUCUCAGCUGGUAGACAUAAGUCCUUACCUUGUCAGGGACUUUAUCAUGAAAGACGGCAAAACACAAGAAGAUGAGAUGCUGGUCAACCAACUAAUAGAUUACAUGAUCAGUGAUGGGGACUCAGGUGAUGCCUACCAGCUUGCAAGCCUUAUCAAAUCUCUGCUGGACCCAGAGAACAUGGCCCUUGGACCUAAUAAAAUGGAGAAGUCAGAAUUCUUGAGUUUUUUCUACAAGCACUCGAUGCAUGUGUUGACAGCUCCACUGUUUGCUGCCACAGCAGACAAGGUUUACAAAGAUGAUUAUGUGACGUCUGUCACUCUUGGUCACAUCAUUGAGCUGCUAACAUUCUGCAUAGAGCAUCACACCUAUCACAUCAAGAACUAUGUGAUCAACCGAGACCUGCUGAGGCGUGCCCUGGCCACCAUGAGAUCCAAACACAAGUUUUUAGUCCUCAAUGCUCUUCGCUUCUGUCGUAAAAUUGUGGGCCUCAAGGAUGAGUUCUAUAACCGGUACAUCAUCAAAGGCAAGCUGGUUGAGCCUAUCAUCACCGCAUUCAAGGAGAAUGGCAACAGAUACAACCUGCUCAACUCUGCCAUCGUUGAACUCUUUGAGUUUAUCAGAGUGGAGGACAUCAAGUCUCUCAGUUCGCAUGUUUGCGAGGAAUACCGGCAGUUCUUCAAGGAUGUUGAUUAUGUCAGUACAUUCAAGGGACUGGUGUUACGGUAUGAGCAAGAGAAGGAUCGCAAGCAGACCAAGCUCAGUGAUGGCGGAUACACUGUUCUAGCAUCUCCUGUUGGGCUCUUUUCCAGCCGAGGACCUAAUCACGGCAUCAUCCAUGUGAACAGCCGAUUCCGUCGCGACGCACGCUCCAUGGAGGAGGAAGAGGAGAUGUGGUUUGACCAGACGGAGGAAGAAAACGGUGAAGAAGCCAUCGUACCGCAGCCCGACCCCCUCCCAGCUGCACAGGAACAUGAGCCGGACUUCAAGAGCAGAAAAACGUUUGUUACUAGCAAGAUCAACGAUGCGCCACUUGUCAACAAGAAAUCGCCGCUCAUGGGUCUAGUCGACUACCCUGAUGACGACGAGGAAGAUGACGACGAUGAGAGCGGCUCUUCUCCAGCCAAACGUGCGCGUCUAAACUCCACCUAGCAGUGCGCAGGUCUGCGGAUAUGAGCUCUUGUGUGUUGCCCGCCACCGAGCUGGACCCCUUCUGGAAAUCCCUACACUUCCCUAGUGGCAUUACUGCCGAGCAGUGUUCCAAGGGGGGUGCACGGGCAGGCAAAGCCUGUAUGGACAGAUAAAAAUCUGGUCAACCAUCGAGAAAGGGGCCUCGGUCAAGGCACCGUAACGUCGCAUUGCGCCGAAUCACAACGGAGAAAAUGGUCGCCAGAUGAUUAUAACGUGUUUGACCAAGUGGAUAUUUAUAAAGGGGGAGCUUAAGACACUGUUUAGUAUCGCUGUACAUGCAUCAUAAAGACGCGACCUUGACACAUCGUUUCACCCAUUUUCUUUCGCAGUUAUACCUAAUUUAUUUUUAUCCCAUGGCAUUUUUGUACGACAUCCUUAGAGAUCUAUUCCCCAAUCUAAGUGGAAGUUUUAGUGAAACCCUCAUAUGCUUUUAUUUGUAUGGAGAACAUUGUAAUAUAUGCAGCAGAAGGUCUGCAACGAUAUCAGCAAGAUUAAAAAUCAAAUCGCAAA